GCUAUGGCGGCGCCUCUAGCGCAGUUCGAUGAUGAGUGGCAAGAUUUCAACGAAUUCAGGACCGAUCACGGACAAGAGAAGAAGCUAGACCGAGUAAACUUGAAUGUCGAGGACGUGUCGGGCCUCCUUGACGAUUUGCCAGAGCUCGAUAAUGGCCUGUGUGGGGAAAUGAGCAGUUUCAAGUCCAUGGAAGACUUGGUCAAUGAUUUCGACGAGAAGUUGACCGUGUGUUUUCGAAAUUACAAUACGAAAACAGAAAACAUAGCCCCCGUUAAACCUAUCACCGAGGAUACCGUCCUGAAAAAUGACGAGAUCUGGAAUGCCUUAACAGACAACUACGGCAACGUCAUGCCGGUCGACUGGAAUCAGUCCCGUACCCGUGCACUUCAUCUUCCAACACUGAAUCUUGAGGAUAAACCAAGGGCGGAUGGUGUGAGCGUGGACCUCUCAGACGAUGAAGAAUUGAGAGAACAGAUGGACAUGCACUCUAUCAUCGUCUCCUGCAUAAAUGAGGAACCCCUCCUCACUGCAGAACAGGUCAUUGAGGAGAUUGAGGAGAUGAUGCAGGAGUCUCCAGACAUGGAGGCUGGACAGGACCCCUCCCAGUCAGAUCUGUCCCUCCUCUCUCUGGAGAUCCAAAGAUCCAGCACCAGCCACAGCCACGAGGACAGAGUGAAGAACUUAUCUAUGUCCGAGCUGAGCGAACUCCUGGAGGAGGUGGAGACGGCGAUCCGCCGCUAUUCAGAGGAGCUGGUCCAACACCUGGCGCUGAGGGACGAGCUAGAUUUCGAGAAGGAGGUGAAGAACAGCUUCAUCUCGGUUCUGAUCGACGUUCAGAACCGGCAGAAAGAGUACCGGGAACAACAGAAAAAGAAAAGGAAAAUAAAGAACGGGGCCGGAGCGCAGCACGGGCGUUCUGAGAAAACCCCAGCGCCCAGAACGCGUUUCAGCAUGGAGGGAAUCUCCUCUGCCAUACAAAAUGGCCUCCGACAAACUUUUGGGAAUGGGGGCGGGGAAAAACAGUAUCUCACCACAGUCAUUCCCUAUGAGAAGAAUGCAGGACCUCCAUCCAUUGAGGAUCUGCAGAUCUUAACUAAGAUUUUACAAGCCAUGAAGGAGGACAGUGACAAAGUGCCCUGUCUCCUCACAGACUACAUCCUCAAAGCUCUGGUGUGA